AUCUGUGAUAUACUGUAGGUACCUACUUGGAAGCUAUUUUUAAUUUAUAUAGUUAUUUGUAAAUAAAUGGUUAAAAUAAUAUUUUGUCGUGGUAAAAUAUCAGUGUUUUUUCUUUCAUUCGAUUUUCAUAUUUACCUAGAUAUAUUUUGAUGAUAGCUGCUGUAGGAUCCAAGAAGGGUUACUUCAAACGAAAUGAUAACAAAUCACAGCGUUCGUUCAAAUUAUCGUCAGCGGCUAUUUUAAUAACUGAGUCACGUAUUAACACUAUCGGUUUUGUGUGAUAAAUUGUUAUACAUGUCAAGGAUGCCUGAGAGUCCUGCCUUAUCAACAUUUGGAACCACCUCUCAGUGCUGCUUAAUCAAUAGAGGUCUAUCAUAAUAUAAAAUACAGGUUUUUAUUAAACAUAAGUAAUAAAGAGACAUGGCAGUUCAAUCAAAUAACAGAGUGAAUCAACAGAUGGGAUCAUCAAAUACUAUAUUUAAUACACAAACUAGAUAUGACUCCAGUUACAUCAAAACUCCUGCAGGGAUAAUGAAAUUUGCUGCUACUGUGCUAAACCUGCUUGGUUUCAUCUGUGUACAAUCGUCAGUAUUCUGGUCGAAUUGGCGUGGAGUGUACUUCAAUAUCACUGCACAGCUGGCUCUGUGGUUUACACUCAUUCUGCUCCUGCUUUACAUUUUCCAUGUGAUAGAGAAGUAUCACAAUGUGAAGUGGCUUCACAUAGAAAUGAUUGGGUGUGGAGUUUUAACAUUCAUGUAUCUGAUUGCGUCUACAAUUGUUGUGGCUUUUGGAUCUGCAGCAUAUUCUGCUGGUGGGUUCUUUGGUUACCUGGCAAUGGUGCUGUACGGGUUUGAAGCAUUCUUCAAGUUACAGUGCAUCCAGCGUGGGGAACUGGCACAGGGCAGUCGCGUCAUCACUAAGCAGACUCAUGUGGUGACUCCGCCAGCUCUACCCUAGCAUCCCACCAAUAACUCAUGGGACACAGAACACAUUAGGACAUGAACAAUUUCACACUGUCCUCUGUGAACAUUCUCCUAGGUAAAAUUAUGAGAAUUAUUCAUAAUCUACAGCCACAAGAAUAAGUUGCCUCAAUCAUCAGGGUUCACCAGAAAUCCACAGAUUAUAGUGUAAGCUCUUUAGGACUUUUAUUAAAUAGUAGUAGUAAUAGGUUAUACACAAUUAUUUCACAUAUUAUGUACUUGUAUUUGGUUACUUGCAAGGUUCAGCCUAACUGGUGAAAUGAUUGUAUACCUUCUAGAUAUUUGCUGACACACCAUAUAGUACCUGCUGUACAGUGUACCUUAAUAUUUGUUAAGUUAUGAAAGUCUAAAAGUGUUUUUAUUCUUAUAGAUAGUUAAUGGGCAUUAAGUUGGUUUUUAUAGCAGAAGAAUUGAGUCUUAAAUUUAGGUGAUUGAUACCAUUUUGAAACUGUAUUUAUUUUCUCAAGUUUGUGUGUGUGUUUGUGUGUAAUGGAGGCGUAAAACUGCUUCACAUUAUGUAAUUUUAUAUAACUGUACAUAGUAAUAUUUUGUAUUAAAGUUAUUGCUUUGUGAUAUUAUUCAAGAAGUUCUGCUUCUUUCGUAUGGUUAGUAUGAUGUUUUUUUAACUGGGACAGUAUGAGAUAAUCCGAGACAAUGGAAUAAGUACACAGGGAAAUUGUCCCGAAGGAACCUUUUUUGUAAAAACAAAUUACGAACAACUCACGUUUUUACAACAAACAUUUACGCAAUAAUCGACUUGGCCAAGAUUUUUUUUGCCAAUAAACAUUCUAAUACAAAUUAAACUUGAAAACGCGUUCGGAGCGCUCUUUCAACUGAGCCAACCAUUCGAGUGACAUAUAGUUGAUUUAUCUUGUAUUCUUUGUUCAACUCUCAGGUUGUAUAUUGUUCAUAAAUUUUGUUUUCAAAUUUUAUUUGUGAAAUUAAUAUCAGAAGUGAGGGUUAUCACUUUAAAACAACAAAUUGUUAACAUUUUUAUAGUUAUUAUGACAGUUUUCCUAUAGAUGUAUCAUGUAUCUCAUGGUUACAGUGGUCUUCAUACCCUCUCAGUUAAAAAAAAGUGAGUAUUAUCUGUAAUUUAUUAUAAAUACCUACAAUAAGACUUGAAAGUAUGUGAAACAAUUUAAGGUAGAUCCGCUAUGGUUGAGAGGAUAUCUCUCAUAAGUAGAAGUAUACUAGGUGAAAUAUAAUUUCACAAGUACGAAACGCUUAUAAUUCGAAUACAUGUACCUAAACGCAAUGUAACUAUAAUUUGAAUAGGUACCUACUCUAGGAAAUAUUGACGAGAAUUUUCCAUUAAUUGAAGUUUAAGAGUUUUACACGUCACGCGGUGAUUAACAAUUAUUGUUAUGUUGGUAUGAAAAUGAAAUUGCCAAAACAUUAUAUUUAUCGUAGUUUUGAAUAUAUUUUUAACCGACUUCAAAAAGAAGAAGGUUCUCUAUUCGAUCGGUAUUUUCCGAUGUUAUUAAUAUUAAAGGCAAAGUUGGUCACACUAUCUACAUAAUACGUGGGGCACUCAGAAAGUUUUGAGAAACUAAAAGAUGGUAUUUUUACUCGUAAAUAAUCAUAUAUUUUUAAAUACUUAGCCAUGGCUUCAUACAUAAAACUUAUACUUAAUCGCAAAAGUUUACUGAGUGACCUUGUAUGGAGUAGCUUGAGUGAUAUUAAAAUCCUAUUCUGAAUAAAAGUAAUUCAGUUUGAGCUGUUAGAAUCUUUCAUAGCUUACCUAUCUCUUUAUAUCAUUGGCAGCGUGUUCUUAUUGGCUACAUCUGAAAAUUCGAUCACGUGAUCACGAUAUCAACGUAGUUCCCUUAUACAUUUCUUUUGUCUGUUAUCUCAAGCGCUAACGAUUAUAGAUAGGUAGUAAACUUGGAUAACAGCGGUUUUAUAACCUAUAUAGUUUUAGUUUAACUUAUUAGAGGUAGACAAAUCUAUCCUUUUACGCUUACUUCCAUUUCAAUAACAUAUCGACAUAAAGCAUUUGACUAUAAGUAUAUUCGACAUAACUAUGGAUAGUUAAGAUCUUGUCACUAACGGCCGUUCCCAAUAUUCAGUCUAUCUCUUACUUGAGAUAAAAAUAGUAACUAUCGUUGACUUUCCUGUCCCAAUAUACUUAUCGACGGUAACUCACCUUAUCCGUACACGCUAUCUGUUAAUGGGACGACGUUUAGCAGCGAUAGUAGUUUGUAUGAAAAUUUCAAUCCACGCGUCGCAAUAUAAGGCGAUAAGAAUGACUUAUCGGGUAUAUUGGGACAGCUUCAGAUAUUAUGUGACAGUAUUAUAUGACAGUAGAAGGUAGUAAUUUAUCUGUAGAUAGUAUAUUGGGAACGGCCGUAAGCGGAGUCAGCAAUGUAUCCGUAAUUAGAGAUACGUUAUUCAAGACGGCCGUAAGCCUUCUGAAGUUAUGACGUCACGUUAUACCAACAAAUCUGCAUUUCUCGCGUUAUGUAGGUACCUCAUAAAAUAUACCUAUUCCGCCUUCUUUUAUCAACUUUUACUGUAUUAUUAUGUUUAAUUCGCGGUCACAAGUUUAGCUAUUAAUUUGGUGGUGGACCAACACUGGUGGUUUAAACUGGAGUAUCGUUUACUCUCCACGGAAUCAUUUCAACUUAUUUAUAAUGGUGGUGGUGUUUUCGCUGUGUAGGAAGACGUUCAUUUUGAUAUUGCCACAGAUAUCGUAUGCAAGUUCUUGAUGAUUUGUUCGUCUCCCUAGCAUCGUAUCACACGUGGU